AUGUGGUGGCUCGAUGGGACUCAAUGUAGUGGCCUGCUAAUACCUACGGUAUUCCCAUGUGGGUUCAUGGAGCACUUGGUAACGAAUUUUAGACUCAAUACCGGGGAUGAGAUCCCUGCUGUGGGUUUGGGAACAUGGAAGAUUGCACCUGAAGAUGCUGAUGUUGCUGUGUCUGCUGCUCUGGAGGCUGGUUAUCGUCACUUUGACUGCGCUCCAAAGUACAACAACGAACCUGAGAUCGGGAGAGCAUUGGAGGAUGGCAUGGCAAGGAUGGGAAUUGACCGCAAAGACCUCUUCAUAACCUCCAAGCUCUGGCCUACAGAAUUCUCCCCUCCUGACGUUCUCCCAGCGCUGCAAAGGACUCUUCAGGACCUCCGGCUCUCCUAUCUGGACCUCUUUCUCCUUCAUAUACCAGUGCAAAUGGCCAAGCCUUGGCACUCCCCUCCUCAGAGGGAGGACAGGGUGCUGACGUGGCAGGUGGCUGCCACGUGGCAGCAGAUGGAGGCAGCAGUGGAGCAGGGACUAGUGCGCGCAAUCGGCGUCUCCAAUUGGUCGGUGACGAGGCUGAAGCAGCUGCUGAGCUGGCGGCCUGUGCACGUGCCAGCUGUCAACCAGGUGGAGGCGCAUCCUCACUGGCGACAAGAUGCUCUGCUGGCGUUUUGCAAGGAAAAAGGGAUACACGUGUCGGUGAGUGGUGGAACACGUUUGCACACAGAGAUUUCUGUCAUGCCUGCCCUUCCUUCCUGCUUCCACCAGGCCUAUGCACCUCUCGGUUCCAGGGAUCGGCCUGUGUUUGACGAGUCUCUCAUGCCUCCUGUGCUGCUAGACCAUCCCCUGAUCAAAGAGGUGGCUAAUACUUUGCACCAGACUCCAGCGCAAGUGGCGCUGCGGUGGGGCAUACAGAGGGGGAUGAGCGUUCUGCCUAAGAGCAGCAACCCAUGGCACAUCAAGGAGAACAUUGGCCUCUUCGACUGGUGCAUACCUCCAAUGGACUUCCACGCACUCUCCCUCAUAGAACCCCAGGUUCGAAUACUGGACUAUUAUGGCUACUGGGUCGGCGAAGGCCGGCCCUUUCUGGAGCCUGAGGAGCUUUGGAACGAUGAGGCGGACAAAGCGGGAGAGGGGCACAAAGUGGAUGAAGGGGAUGAGAUAGCUUUUAACAAAAAGGGAGGGGGCAGGAAUGGCAAUGAUGAGUGGGAGGAGUGA